CCUUAUGUCCACUAGAGACCCCAAUGAUUCUCUACCACUGGUAAUAAUUAGAUUGAUUUCAAUAGAUGCAAUUGGCCCUAUGAGAAGGCUGACUUUUUUUUUUAUUAGGAUGCUUCUGUAUAAGAUACUUGCCAAUCUGACAAGGUCUAACCACUAGCAUAUAUGUAAACAAAAUGUUCAGAGCUUCAUGUUACUGUUUUCCUGAAUGCAGUCAGGAAACUAUCCAGGAGUCACUCUGAUGCAGUAAAGUGGUUUGGACCUUAUUUUUCCAUAAUAUUUUGGCUGGUCGUUCCAUAUUUCUCCUUCCUGUGACCAUGAAGACUACUGGAAGAUACCUGUUCGCCCAUCUCUACAUGUCAGUCCUACACUUUGGUGGAGGUUUUUGCCAAGAUGAGUACUUCAGUGACAAUGCCCUCCAACUCCCAGAAUCCUACAAGAUUGGCUGGAUGGAGGCCAUUGAUGACGCCAAGUUCAUCUCUGACAUCACCAUCCCUGGUACCCAUGAUACCAUGGCUCUCUAUGGAGGCCCCGCGGCAGAGUGUCAGGUCUGGGAUCUGUGGGAUCAGCUGAGGGCUGGCAUACGCUAUCUGGACCUCAGGGUCGUUGCCUUAGAAAACAAGCUGUAUGUUGUGCAUGGGAUUGUCAACCAGCACAAGUCGUUCUUUGCGGUCCUUAACAUGAUCAAAGGGUUCCUGUCAGAAUUCAGAAAUGAAACCGUUCUGCUUAGAGUGAAGCCUGAAUUAUUUGGCAAAAACAAUGUAGAAAAGCAGGUCAGCAAAAUGAUUAAUGAUGAUGAGACUGUAUGGGUUAAGUCCGACAUGCCAACCAUGGGUAAGGUUAGGGGAAAGGUGGUCUUCAUCCAGAAAUCCAGCUUCAGGCUUGGUGUUCCUCUCUUGGAAACUGACAACCAGGGUGACUAUAAAGUCAGUCUUAUUGCAGACAAGGAGAAAAAAAUUGGAAAACACUUGAGACAAGCUUCAGAACAGUGUGGUGGGAAUUCUGUCAUUCUGAGCUACUCCAGUGGCACUGGCAUUGGCAAGCCUUUGACCAUGCAUCUAACUCCAAAGAAACUGGCUGUAAAGAUUAACCCCUGGCUUGCUCAGUAUCUUGGGCAGUUCUCUAUUAUCCACACCAAGGCUUGUUUAGGAGUUGUUGCCAUGGACUUUCCUGGUAUUGACCUCAUUCAAAGACUCAUUAAGAUCAAUCAUUGAUUGGAGUUAUAAGUCAUGGUGUUUAUGUCCUGUAACCACAUGCUAGGCUUCUUGAUUGUGCUCUUGUUGGAGGAAACUGAAACUUUAAGAUUACAGUGAUUGUGUAAUGGCAUGUGCUCAACAAUGUAUUUCUAAUUUGUCCUUUCUAUCAUCAUUAAAAUGACAUUUGCAAAAAACUAAC